GCUCCGCCCCGCCGGCAGGGGGCGCGCGGCGGGCGGGCGCGCACGCGCGGCGCGGGCGGAAGGGGCGGGCGCGGCACCGGCGGCACGUGAAGGUCGCGGCGCGGCGGCACCGGGAGGGAGCGGGGGGACGCCGGCAGCGCCAUGGACCCGCCGUCCGCCGCCGGGCUGGGCGGGGCCGACCCCCAGCUCCAGCGCUUCAUCGAGGUGGAGACGCAGAAGCAGCGCUUCCAGCAGCUGGUGCACCAGAUGACCGAGCUCUGCUGGGAGAAGUGCAUGGACAAGCCGGGCCCCAAGCUGGACAGCCGGGCUGAGACGUGCUUCGUGAACUGCGUGGAGCGCUUCAUCGACACCAGCCAGUUCAUCCUGAACCGGCUGGAGCAGACGCAGAAGUCCAAGUCGGCCUUCUCGGAGAGCCUGUCCGACUGAGCCGGACCCAGCCCCCCCCAGGCCAGGCCCUCGCCCAUGCCCACUCCUGGUCACUCCGCUGCCCCAAGGAGCCAGGAUCAGCUCGGGGGGUUAGGAUUUGAUUAAAUGCCAGUCUCGGGGAAGUCGCAGCCAGAUGAGAGCCCGCAACAGACACAAGGACGCUCCACGUCGGGGUGAUGUGCUGCUCCCGGCCCUGCGAGCCAGCGGCCGCCUUUGUGCCGGGCCUCCGGUGCCAUGCAGGGAGCAUUUGGAACGUGCCCCCUCGGCUGAGCAGAGGGGUGCUGCUGCUCGUUUCACAGAUGCUCCCAGCGCUGAUGGGAAGCUCGGCUCUGGGUGAGGCCAGCCCGCCUUAAACAGUGCUGCACAAACCAGUCCUCCUGGGCACAUCCUCACCCGCCCCGGCACCAUCGCUGCUCCGAGCAGACUGGGACAGGCACCCUGAGCAAGAAGAGCGUGUUGGGAACAGUGAUCAUCCCAGGCAGUGCCACUGCUGGAAUAUACUUCCAGGCUUCCAUAGGUAGAUCAUUCAUAUGGCCAAGUGACCAAUUUUCACACUGCAGCACAACUCUGUCGAUGCUGACUUGCUCCAUUAACUGCUUUCCCUGGGUAAAUGUAAUAAAUAUUAACUGGGUCAAUUUUUAA